GCUAGGCAUGGAGCCUCUAUCGGCCUCCCGUGGUAUUGCAACCAGAAAAUCCCCUGCGGCCCAUAGGUUUUGAAAGAGAACAAACUGUUUACAGGACAUUGAAUUAAUAUUGUUUUAAUAUCGUUAGAACUUUCCUUAAGGCCACAACAACCGACACAUCUUACAAUAUGAACAACAACUAUAUAAUGUAACUUAAUUUACCAUGUUUAUGCUGUUCUAUAUAUAAUAUAAUAUAGAAUAAUAUAAUCUACUGUACAGAUAGUUGUAUUGGUCUACUUUACUAAUUACAGCGCCACCUGCAGCUGCAGUACACCUUUUUUCAAUUCAAAAAACUUUAUUGAUCCCCAAGGGGGAAAUUCAAGCUCAGUAGACGAGAAGACCUCAGCUGGUCUUUACUGCGCAUGCGUUGUUGUCAUUCACCACCCUCCAAGAUUGUUGUGCUUGUUCAGCUCUUCCUGAAUCCGGAAAAGGACAGCGUGAACUAGUUUAGAACACUCCAGUAAACCGGUCUCAAGCGCAGGCGCGUAUGUCCUCAAGCAUCCACAUGAUUCGUAUCUUUGUCUAUGGCACCCUGAAGAAGGGGCAGCCAAACUACUUCCGCAUGUUGGACAGCACCAAUGGAAAGGCCGAGCUCCUCGCCUCGGCUCUCACCACCGAGAAAUACCCACUGGUGAUCGCUGGCAAGUGCAACAUCCCUUUCCUCCUCAACAUCCCUGGCCAGGGUCACAGAGUCCACGGAGAGAUCUACAGCGUGGAUGACAGGAUGCUGAAAUUCCUGGACGCCUUCGAGUGCAUUCCCACCAUGUACCAGCGGACUGGGAUUAGUGUCGAGGUGAAAGCGUGGCUGGGGAAGAGCGAGGGUGAGGAGACUCUGUCGCCAGGGAGCAUCACUGAGGUGUUUGUGUACAACACGACAACGUACCAGCCAGACUGGCCUUCACUGGCCAACUAUGAGAGCUACGACGCCUAUGGAGACCACGGCCUGGAAUAUGUGACCAGAGAAGCACGAGAUUGAUGCAGCUCGCUAGUUCUUUUGUAACCUCAGGGCAUUGGCAAUCAAAUAUGUACGAAUGAAUGAAGUUCAAAUGUCAAACUAGAAUGAUUAUAUAAGAUCGGUUUUCUGAUAUGUAUUAUGAUCCUCUGUGUAACAUUGAAACAAGUGUUGUGAUAGACAACUGUGAAUUAUCUGAUUCUUGAAAUCUCUCAUUGAUGUACUUAAAGGACCAGUGUGUGGGAUUAAGUGGCAUUUCGAGGUGAAGUUCCCCACCAAAGUGUAACUACGGUGGCCGUUAGGUGGCCUAAAAACAUGAAAAGACCUAUUUUAAACACAUCAGUCCAACUAAAAUCGAGCUAGUCUUAGUCGGACUAACAUACCUGGAUAAUGUGAUUCAUAGUCCAAUUACACCUCCAUGUAUACGUGUAUUCAGAUUGGAGUUGGACUCGACGUUCUGCACAUGCACCAACAUUUCCUCCUCCGUCUUUGACCGAGAAGUAGGAGGAGACGAAGCAUAAACUGCGACACCGGUAACCACAAGAGCCAUGCUCAAUCUAAUUUGUAUCACAAUUACAAAACCUACAGAGCCUCGGCACGAUCAAUCAAUCAAUCAAUCCCACCGUCUGUCAUUUGUAACAUAAUUAUACAACAUUGAUGUUAACAGAUCCCUUAAUUCGUCACUCUGGACCUUUUUAAAAGCGGCAUGUACUGUGAAUAUAUGUUUCAAAGAGCAUUUGUCCAACUUGUGUCUGUAGUACCGUCAUUUUUGUCAUAUUCAGUGUAAGCACUCCAUUACCUGGAAACACAUUUCAGUAAUUAAUGAAAUUAAUAAAAAAGAUGACAAUCUG